AGUCUCGACACAAUGGCCGCCACGCCGCUCAGCGUCGACGACAUGCUCAUGGGCGAGAUCCUCAUGUCGCUCAAGCGCGACAGCCCCCGCCUCAACGACUCGGCCAACAGCAUCAAGCUCGAGCCGCAGUACCGCAGCAAGAUGCGCGGCCUGAGCGUGGAGGUGUCUCUGCCCGCCGGCCCGUCCGGGGCCUCGAGCCCCGCCGACGUCUUCAACUUCGACGCCUUCAGCGCCGUGAGCCCCAUGGCCUUCAAGCUGCCGCUGCACCCUGCGGCUGCAUCAGCUGCAGCGUCUCCGUCGCCUCGCAGCGUGACGCCGCGCGGCGGCAACAAGCGCUACGGGCCCGUGGUGCAGCUCGAGGACCUGCGCGAGUGCUUCAACAUGCCCAUCGCCGCCGUGGCGCGCAAGUUCGGCAUCUGCGCCACGCUGCUCAAGAAGAUCUGCCGCCGCCACGGCAUCCAGCGCUGGCCGCACCGCCAGAUCCGCAGCCUGCAGAAGAGCAUCGACAUGCUGCGAGAGUCGCUGAGCGUGGCCAAGGGCAGCAACAAGGAGUACAUCGCCAAGAAGAUCGCGGCCUUCGAGUACACGCUCGAGUGCAUCAUGCAGGACCCCAACACGGCGGCCAAGGGCAUCUCGGCCGGGCGGCUGGCCUCCCCCGCCACGGAGGAGAUGGUCAAGCGCGGCAACCGAGCCAAGGGCCGCAAGAAGACGCCGGCGGCAAUGGCUAAGACCGCACUUUCGGACGAUGAAGAGGCCGCGAGUGGUGCGGCGACCGCUGCUGCUGUGUCGCCCAUUGCGGCUCCACAGGAUUGGACGACGGAUGGGGGUGAGCGUGGGCCUGACGCUCAGCGUCUCAACACUCGUCGAGCGAGUGUACCCAUGUCGCUGCAGUCCAUUCUGUGCUGA